GAAAAUUAGGCGUAUAAUGUAGCCAAAACAGGGUUAACGGGCUCUAGAUUUGGGGGCUUGGCGCCUUCUCGUCACGCCCCAGGGUUAGAAGUUAGAACAAUGAUGACUUUAAAAGGAUAACACUCACACUCCGUAACAUCCAUUAAAGCAUAGCUUAAAACUAAACUGUUUGAAAUACUUUCAAAAUUUCCCAACAAAAACAUAGUUUCCGAGGAGAAAGGAGACCUAGUGGGAUUUCUCACGUCGCCGGGCGCCGAACUUCCAAGCCUACGGCUGCUAUUCAUCGAAAGUCGUCGUCUUUCACCCUGGGCAUUUUCUGUCUCCGCUAAAAGUGCGGUGGUUCACCCUACAAGUGGAGAGUAGCAAAGUAGGAGCACACUUUGCUUGUUUGCAUUAACAGAGUCUCACGCAGAAGUUGGAUGUUUUGAGAUAUCAUGGUGGCAGUAAAGCAAGAGCCUGUUGUAGUUUCACUGAAGCUGUUGGUAGAUGACAAGAUCAAACGAGUUGUUGCUGCCGAAGCAAACAAGGACUUUGUGGAUAUUCUUUUUAGCUUUCUUACCCUCCCAAUGGGGACCAUUAUCAGGCUCACCAGCAGCUCUACACAGCUGGCUGAAACACCGGUAAGUAUUGGAUGUAUGAACAAGAUAUACCAAGGUGUUGAAAACCUAGACAGAGAGUAUUGGCAAACUGAACACUGCAAGACCAUGCUAUUGAAUCCAAGAAAUUCCCUUGUGGAGUACUGCAAGAAAUUGAACAUUAAUAUUGACGAUUCUGGAUCCGAAUUCAAAUAUGGCUGUCCUAGGGAGAGCUGCCUAUAUUAUAGCAUGUACCGAAAUGUUAGCUGCGGUUGUGGCAGUGGGAAGACCACAGAAGAAAGGAAGCCCGUUGAAAAAAGGAAGCGCAUUGAAGAGAAUGUCUCAAGUCGAGAGGGUGCCUUUUUGAAGGGAGGAAUAGUGUUCAUAAUCAGUGACGAUUUGCAGGUCAGGCCUGCCUCUCCGGCAGUUCUUGCUCAACUUAUACCCGACAUCGGUUCAAGAGAAGGGAGUAACAUCAGAGAGAUGCGUGUCGAAGUUUCCAGGGAUGAGGUUGUCUGCCUGUUUGCACACUCAUUGGUUUCAGAGACUCCCUUAAGUGAUGUUUUUCUUGCAAAACUUCCUGGAUAUGCAAGAGUGGGAACCCAAAGAAAACCGCCGAAACUGGGGACCAUUCUUUCAUCCUCAACUACUGCCGCGGUUGAUACUGCUGAACGGAAUGGUCCUAGUCUGGAACUUAAAUUGACGUUUGUCAAGUCUACAAAGAAGAUAUUGUAUGCUGAAGCAACAAAUAAGUUCUUUGAUUUCCUCUGCAGCUUUCUGACCAUUCCUGUUGGAUCAAUGAUACAUGUUUUGGAAAGACAGUCGGGGUUAAAAUGUUUGGAUAACUUAUACACAAGUGUGCUGGAGUUGGAGCAGAAAUGGUUUCAUUCGUCAAAUAAGUGUGGCUUACUCAACCCAAACAUUGCAGCACAUCAUAACUGCAAGAAGCAGCCUCUCAGAUCUGUUAAUACCAGUUAUACUUAUACUCGUAGUUAUUAUUAUGAUGAUGAGCCUGAGAUGAUUGACCCUAGGGGCGACAAAAAGAAGUUUGCGGUAAAACCAUCUUUGUUCUUGGUUCCGGAUGAUUUAGAAGUGAAGCCACUCUCUGUUGCCUCCUGUCUCCUCAUAUUAAAUGAAUUAGAAAUUCCUUUCGAUCAGACUGAAGAGCAACAGGUCACUGUAGGUAUGAAAGAGGCGAUGAGCUUACUGAAGGCUGCUCUUACGUCACCCUCAUCUGCUCUUACAAAGGGCUUAGGCCCCUUCUUGCAGAAGCAGAAACCGUAGCACCGCCAUCUACCCAUGUCCCAUUGAAAGUCUUGGCGAGAGCUUCAAGUUUUGUAAUGAAAUCCUAGGAAGCUCAGCUAUAUUUAUUUAUCAAUUAUCUCCAUUAUCUCAAGAAUGUUAUUCAAGUGGUUUUUGCUCUCCGUAUCCUAGUACUUUAAACCCAACUUUUUUGGGUAUCCUAUAACACUCUGUUUAAAAGUUCAAUUGGAUCUUCAUUUCUGUCUUCCCUUUACUCUUAGAUACAAUCAAAUACCCAACUUUG